CAUAGAAAAUACAAAUCUCCUACAUGAGAUUACAAAGGGCUCACGUUGCUCGGAACUCCAACGACUAUCGUCAUCAACAUGUGCUGUACAGAACAUCGCGAGCUUUCUGCACACAGGGGAUUGAGAAGGGAAUCCAAACAGUGGACGGCGUCGAACCAUAGCGGACAAGCACGAUGGGCUGCUACGGCCAAUAUGUGUUGACGGCAAGCGGCGUCCUCAAGCUGUUCCAGACGAUGACCGGCAUCGGGAUUGUGUUCCUGCUUAGCGAAGGAAGCAUUGACAACCAGAUGCGGCUCAAUAUGCGCCUCGAUGCUCUCAUCCUGCUCGUCAUCUCGAUCAUGUUCGUCUUCAAUUCCAUGCUCAUUCUCGUGUGCGUCCUCGUAGGUGCUCUGGAACUCCCGGGUUCAACGGUGUACCGCAUGAACUACUUCAUGGCUACCUUUGUUCACGUGCCAACCAGCAUAGCCUACCUGUGCCUGGAGACGCGCUACGGCGUCUACGUGCAAGGUUCUAUCGCUGGUGCCUUGGGGAUCCUCAACAGCCUCAUGUUCCUUGCGAAUGCCGUCAUGGCUUACCAUCCACGUAUCGUGUAGCAGUUUCGUUCGUACGGUAAAUAAAAGCAUCCAUGGGCAUA